UCCUCCUGCCUUCGUCUGUUCGGUUGGUUCUUGACAUACGCGCAGAAAUAUCACUGACGUGUCUCCGAGGAUCCACACUACGUGCGUGCACACGUACGUUUGUUAGCUGCGUGAUAAUUUCACUUGACGCGCAGGCCGACGAAAUACCGCCAGUCAUUCGUAGGCAUUGAGCUGUGACGUAUCGUGUGUGUGUCGAUCGCCGAGAUUGCCGAAUAACAAAAUUAUGGCAGGUGCGGUGUUCAACAACUUCGUCAACUCCUUCAGCCGUUCACUGGAUUCAUCAGUUAAACAGCAUCUGAAGAAUGUCUAUGGUUGCCUGUCCCUGUCCACAGUGUCAGCAGCUGUGGGAACUUAUGUGCAUAUGAAUACACAACUCCUGCAAGCCAAUCUGUUGACUACCAUUGGAUCCUUGGGUCUCCUUAUUCUGUUGAUGUCGACGCCUGACAAUGGCAAAAAUCAAAAGUUACGCCUUAGUUACCUCCUGGGAUUCACAUUUUUAUCAGGACUCGGACUGGGACCUUUGCUUGAGUUGGUGAUCAGCAUAGACCCGAGUAUAGUUGUAACAGCGUUAGUCGGUACGACGGUCAUCUUCGUUUCCUUCAGUAUUUCCGCGCUGUUAGCUGAACGUGGACGAUGGUUAUAUCUUGGUGGUACUUUAAUGAGCAUGCUGAACAUCAUGAUUUUGUUCUCCUUGGCAAAUCUGUUCCUGCGCUCGUAUUUAAUCUAUCAGGCGCACUUAUACAUAGGAUUCUUCGUGAUUUGCGGCUUUAUCAUCUACGAUACGCAGUUGAUAAUUGAGAAACAUCGUAUGGGCAGCAGAGAUUUUAUCAUGCAUUCCUUGGAUCUGUUCAUAGAUUUCGUAGGCGUUUUCCGACAUCUUCUUGUAAUCCUUACGCAAAAGGAAUUGGCUAAGGAAUCACGUAAGCGUAAAGAUUGAAUGAACGAAUGGUGGGAUGAGGGAUGGUUAUGGCGUAUUCAAGUAAAUCCAUAAACUAGAGGUCUUCAUGUAAUCUAUCCAUACCUAGGUAUCUGUGUAUAUAUACAUACCGGAGAAUUAUACAAGUAUCUAUAUACCACGUCUCAUACCACAUAUAUACGCAUACAUCUCUUUAGUAAACGAUAUACGACGAGACUAUAUAAAUAUAUUUACUGUAAUAAAAAUGGAAAAAUGUUAGAGAUGCGGUCUGUUUACUCGUAAAGAAAUCGGCUCCCUGCAUCCGAUUACAGAGACAAGUCGUAAUUUAUUUUGGUCAUAUUUUUGAGUUAUAAUUCUCCAUCGGAUUUGUAUGCGUGGAUGUGCGACGCGCGUGCACUUGAUACAUACACACACCCAUAUAACAUAAAUUAAGUGUAUUAUAUUUUCGACUUUCAAUAAAUGAAUUUUCCCAAA